UAUAUACGUAUAUACAUAUAUGUAUAUAUGCGCCUCCUCAGUGUAACAAUCCCUCUCCUCUGCAGGUCCCAUGAGUUGCGCUCCAAGAUUGUGUCCCUGCAGCUGCUGCUCUCCGUGCUGCAGGGCGCCGGGCCGGUGUUUCGCACUCACGAGAUGUUCGUCAACGCCAUCAAACAGUAUCUGUGCGUGGCGCUGUCCAAAAACGGCGUCUCCUCUGUGCCUGAGGUCUUUGAGCUUUCACUGGCUAUCUUCCUCACAUUGCUCUCCCACUUCAAGGUCCACCUGAAGAUGCAGAUUGAGGUGUUUUUCCGGGAGAUUUUUCUGACCAUCCUGGAGACUUCGACCAGCUCCUUUGAGCACAAGUGGAUGGUUAUCCAGACACUAACGCGCAUCUGUGCAGAUGCCCAGUGCGUGGUUGACAUCUACGUGAACUACGACUGUGACUUGAAUGCAGCAAACAUCUUCGAGCGCCUUGUCAGCGACCUGUCUAAGAUCGCUCAGGGCCGGAGUGGUCAGGAGCUCGGGAUGACUCCUCUGCAGGAGCUGAGCCUACGUAAAAAGGGUUUGGAGUGUCUGGUGUCCAUCCUCAAAUGUAUGGUGGAGUGGAGCAAAGACAUGUAUGUCAAUCCAAACCUUCAAGCUAACCUCGGCCAGGAGCAUCCGUCCGAUAGCGACGGAGCAGAGCUGAAGCUCCCGGAGCCGCUGGCCGGACGUCGAGACAGCAUCAGUUCUCUCGACUCCACCGUUUCCUCCAUCAUGGCGCUGUCGCAGGCGGACCAUCCCGAGCAGUACGAGGUUAUCAAACAGCAGAAGGACAUCAUCGAGCACGGCAUCGAACUUUUCAACAAGAAGCCAAAGCGAGGUAUCCAGUACCUGCAGGACCAGGGCAUGCUGGGUUCUGCAGCCGAGGACAUCGCCCAGUUCUUACAUCAGGAGGACAGACUGGACACUACCCAGGUGGGAGAGUUCCUGGGCGAGAACAUCAAGUUCAACAUAGAAGCGAUGUACUGCUACGUGGACCAGUUGGACUUUUGCGGCCGGGACUUUGUCUCGGCACUCAGGGCGUUCCUGGAAGGCUUCAGGCUGCCUGGUGAGGCCCAGAAGAUCGACAGGCUGAUGGAGAAGUUUGCUGCUCGAUACUUGGAGUGCAACCAGGGACAGAUCCUGUUUGCCAGUGCAGACACUGCCUAUGUGCUGGCGUACUCCAUCAUUAUGCUCACCACAGACCUGCACAGUCCUCAGGUGAAGAACAAGAUGACGAAGGAGCAGUACAUCAAGAUGAACCGCGGCAUCAACGACAGCAAGGACCUGCCUGAGGAGUAUCUGUCUUCCAUAUACGAUGAGAUCGCAGGCAAGAAGAUUGCCAUGAAGGAGAGCAAAGAGAUCUCCAUCACCCCAAAGUCCACCAAGCAGAAUGUAGCCAGUGAGAAGCAGCGGCGUCUGCUGUAUAACGUGGAGAUGGAGCAGAUGGCAAAGACCGCAAAAGCUCUGAUGGAGGCUGUCAGCCACGCUCAGGCGCCCUUCUUCAGCGCUACACACCUGGAGCAUGUCAGGCCCAUGUUCAAGCUGGCGUGGACCCCGUUGCUGGCAGCGUUCAGCGUGGGACUGCAGGACUGUGACGAUCCAGAGGUGGCCUCGCUGUGUCUGGAGGGCAUUCGAUGUGCAAUCAGGAUCGCCAGCAUCUUCAACAUGCAGCUGGAGCGAGACGCGUACGUCCAAGCCUUGGCCAGGUUCACCCUGCUGACGGCCAGUUCCAGCAUCACGGAGAUGAAGCAGAAGAACAUUGACACCAUCAAGACGCUGAUCACCGUGGCCCACACAGACGGAAACUACCUGGGCAACUCCUGGCAUGAGGCGAGUCUUUACUAACGGGGUUUAUGAGCAGUAGUAGCACAAAGGAAAAGCAUUAUCGGAUAUCACAAAUACCUCGUGAUAGAAGAGAACCUGCACAUACACUCAGCUGCCAGUUUAUUAGAUAUACCUCGAUAAAAACGAAUGCAGUGUAAAGCAACAGCACUGCAAAACCUUUGUGUACGUUCCCUUUUAGUUUGAACUGUUUAGACGUGUUGAUUUGAAUGUAUGGUCACUUUGAAGGCUGUAUUGUGUAGACAAACUAUUAAAAACACUCAUUGUAAUCAGUUUAAUGCAAUACAAUUCAACAGUGCUACAUCGCAAACUAAUGUAGCUUCGUAAAAUUGAUAAUUGGGGUCUGUCAGAACCAACAAUUUGUGUAUAUGUAUAUUUAUAUGUAUGUGUGUGUAUGUGUAUGUAUGUGUAUACGUG